AUGAGAUCGAUUUUUGGCUACGGAUUACUUCUACUUCAAUGUUUCGUCGUGUUUGUAAACAGCGAAAUCAAAGGAGAUUUAUUCUCCUCACGAGAAGCCCUUAUAGAAUUGUACAAAAGUGAAAAUAUUUGCAUGGGUCUGCUACAGACUUACAUGGAAGAAAACAAUGUAGAGCACGAAUAUUUACAAAAAACACUGUUUGAAUUUGAAACAGCUCAGUGGAAAGCACUGAAUGAUCCCAUUGAAUACUUGUCGAAUCCAGUGAAUGCUUAUAUGUUAAUCAAGCGCCUCGCAUCAGAUUGGCCGAUUGUAAUGGAAAUAACGGACAACUUGAAUGGAGCCCUCAAGAAGGAAGAAGAUUUCUCUCUUCCCCUCGAAUCAGAUGUACAAUCAGCGGUGCUGUCAUUAGAACGCCUUCAAAAUACCUACAACUUAUCGGCAUCUGAUUUAAAAGUCCUCAAAAUCAACGGUAUCCAAUACGACGGAAUCGCAAUGAAAGCAAUGGACUGCUACGAGAUCGGUCGUCAGCUGUACGGCAACGGUCACUUUGGUCGCGCUGCUGAAUGGUUCGAAGAAACUUUGGAAGAAAUUGGGGAAAUGCACUACUUGAUCAACACUCUUUACUACUUGGCGUACUCCUAUUACAAAACUGGAUACAAACAGGAGGCAGCUGAUAGAUUCAAACUACUUUCCGAAAUUAUUGAAGUAAACAGCAAUAGCACAGAACUAAUUUAUAAAUAUAGAGAACAAAUUAAAAGUAUGAGAACGAUGCAGUCAACUUACGAUCCAAUGGUAGAUGAAUGGAAUCCCGACAUAAAAUACUAUCGGAAGCUUUGUCGUGGCGAGGAACUUCGAACGCCACAGCAAACGAAACAUCUUAGCUGCCGUUAUGUGCACGAUCAUUCGCCAUUCCUAAAAAUUGCUCCUCUUAAGUUAGAAGUCCUCAAUGAAGUUCCAUACAUUGCUCAAUAUUACGAUGUCAUUUACGACAACGAAAUUGCGGAAUUGAAGCAGCUGGCAAUGCCAAAUGUAAGUUUUUAUUGUUUUUCUCUCACAGCAUCCGCUGUCUACAAUGACGGUGCCUAUGAACGUCUAAGUUCUCGCAUUUCUAAAAUUCAGUGGUUGCUCGAUGAAGCAAGUCCUGUCAUCAAACGUCUUAGUCAACGGGUGGAGGACAUGACACAUCUGAGUGCUGAAUAUUCCGAGCCACUUCAAAUUGCCAGUUACGGCAUUGGUGGUCACUACAUUCCACAUUACGACUGGUUCGGAUAUCGGAGGGACGUGCCAGAACGUGAUCGGAUUGCUACGUUAAUGUUUUAUAUGAGUGACGUUGAACAAGGAGGAGGCACAGCAUUUACUCGUGCCCAUGUUUUAGUAAGACCUGUGAAGGGAAGCGCUGCUUUCUGGUACAAUUUGUAUAAAGAUGGCGAAGGUGAUGAAACAACGUUCCAUGGAGCUUGCCCGGUGCUAGUGGGUCAAAAGUGGGCAGCGAAUAAGUGGUUGCACGAGUAUGGCAAUGAAUAUAAGCGAAAAUGUGAUUUAAAACAAGAUUCCUUGUUGUGA